AUGAGACAGAUCUUGAACCUUAGCUACAAAAAUCUUCCUCACCACCUCAAGACAUGCUUCUUGUAUCUUGGUAUGUUUCUGGAGGACUCUGAAAUAUACAGGCAUGAGUUGGUAAGCCUGUGGGUUUCUGAAGGUUUCAUUAGUAAAGCACAUGGACAAAGCCUAGAACAGACCGCGAUAGGUUAUUUCAAUGAUCUUGUCAACAGGAGCCUUAUUCAACCUGCAUUGAUCAAAUCUGAUGGGUCAGUGAAAUCUUGCAAAGUACAUGAUAUGGUGUUGGAUCUUAUCUUGUACAAGUCUGCACAAGAGAAUUUUAUCACUAUAGUAGACAACCCAGAGGCCAUUACAGGACAGUUUCCAAAGCCCCGUCGGAUGCUCUUCAACUUGGAUGGUGAAAUACUGCAAGGGAAUGUUAGUAUGUCACAAGUGCGAUCGUUUGCAAAUUGGAGGGGCUCCAUGAAUAUACCUUCUCUGGCAGAGUUCAAGUAUCUUCGAGUUUUUAAGGCUGACUUCAGUUCUAGCUCUGCUGACCACAACCGCAAAAUCGACCUGACAGGAUUGUGUAAGUUAUAUCAGCUGCGAUAUAUACAAAUUCGUGGCUGUUGCAACUGCCAACUACCAACCCAAAUUAGAGGGUUACAGAUGUUGGAAAUAUUCGAUAUAGAUGGGUCCUGUAUCCCAAUGGAUAUUUUUCACCUGCCGCACUUGUUGAAUCUGAUUGUUCCAUCCGUUGAAAGGCUGCCUAAGGGCAUUGGUAAAAUGAAAUCCCUACAACAUCUGUGUCGUUUUGACCUGCGGCACAACACUUCACUCGACAGUAUCAAGGGCCUAGGAGAGCUCACCAAUCUGAGUACUCUAGUUGUCAGAACCGGUUUUUCUAAAGACGUGGACAUGGAUGUUCUAAACUCUUCUUUGGGGAAACCUUGUAACCUUGAGUCCCUGCACAUAAAUUCAGCUGAUUCUUGGAUGCCUGAGGAGCUAACCUUGUCGCCUCCUCCCCCAAACCUCACGGUCCUCAGCAUGACACAAAUGUCCCAGGUCCCUAACUGGAUUGGGGAACUCCAUAACCUCCAGUUUUUGUAUCUCACUGUUGACAAGCUGGACAAGGAUGGUGUUGGUAUUCUCGCAAAGUUAACAGGCCUCAUCGACCUGGAAUUAAUGUUUCAUAAUGCCCUGGAAGAAACAAUUGCCAUUUAUGGGACAGCAUUCGCAAUCCUAAAGCGGUUUCAUGUCAGCUGCAAGAACAUGGCACACCUGACCUUCCAAGCUGGGGCAAUGCCCAAGCUCCAGAGUGUAUCUCUAGGGUUAAACGCCUUGGGGUGGAAGCAGGAAAAUUGCACCGCACCUACUGGUAUCGAGCACUUGUUAGCACUUGAAAGAAUCGAUGUACUAAUCGGCUGCCUGGAUGCUACUGAAUCUGAACAGAGAAGUGCAGAGUCUGCCAUUAGGAGCGCUAUCAACAUGCAUCCUGGCCAUGCUCACAUUACAAUCGAUAUUGUAAGGGAACCAUGCCGUUUUUUUGGUAUCAGGCACAACCAGCAGCUGGAAAGUCGAUUCUUUGAUAUGGAGCAACAAGAUGAGGUAUGCAAAGGAAUGUUUGAGUUGUCUACAACAUUCAUGCCGGAUUAUAGCGGAUGA